AGGGAUUUAGGUAAACACCUGAGGUUGAACGUCUAUGGUCGCCGCUGCUGCUUCUGCUGCUUGUUGCUAUCUCUCGCACAACAAAUAUCUGUGCAGCGGGUGUUGAGAGAUGUGUCAGGCAGUGUGUGUGUUGCUCGCCAUGACGCUGGUGUUGCAGUGUUGCAAGGGAGAAGACUUCUACAGCCAUACCAUCAAGGAUCACAAUGGCAAUGACGUCUCCCUGGAGCAGUACCGUGGCAAGGUGACCUUAGUAGUUAAUGUGGCCAGUCGAUGUGGCUACACAGAGAAGACUUACCGAGAACUCAAGAAACUACAUGAUAUUUUAAGCUUUGGAGGUUUCUUCUCUGUUCUUGCAUUCCCUUGCAGCCAGUUUGGUGAUCAGGAAUUGUCAGACAUGUCAGAGAUAAUUGACUUUGUUACCUCAGAGUUUGAUGUGGAGUUUCCAAUUUUCAACAAGAUUAAUGUGAUCGGAGAGCAUGCCGAUCCAGCCUUUAAGAGACUCAUUGAGGAAUCAUCUGUGGUACCAGAUUGGAAUUUUUACAAGUAUCUGGUAGAUGAGACUGGUCACACUGUCAAGGCUUGGGGGACACGCACAUCCAUCGAGGAAGUUUUUGACGAUAUCCAGGCAGCUGUAGAUAAGGCCAAGGGAGCAUCCAAGCCAGAUGACAGCAAGAAUUUUGCAUCAAGCACUACAGAUGCUUCCAAAGAUGAGUUGUAAGGACUGUAAAUUAACAUUCUGUCGUGGCAGCAUUUGAAGAUGAUAUUUAGCCUAAUGCAUAAUGAGUACUUAGUAGUUGUACAUCAAGCACUCUACUACCUCAUGAUCUGUGAAGUAUGUUAUCCAUGAGAUGGUCAGGGUUAGAAAACUUGCCUGUGGACCCCAUAUUUUAAUUGGAAAACAGAGUUUGGGGUCCUGUCCCCUGUACAUAGGUGUUAUUUAUGUGGUAUUACUCCAUUUGCACAGCUUGUCAGUUAUUAUGAAUUGAUCAAUCAGUAAUUCAUAACAUGUCAGCACGUUGUUGAUCUGAAAUUAUCUUGCUAAUUGAAAGCCAGUUUUAAGAGCAUUGUGACCGUGUAGAUUAUUGGCACUCUUAACAAUAUAAAUAUUUUCAAAAUACAUGCACACAUGAUAGAGAUGAAAUUAACAAACCGUUAAACUGUCAACAGAAAACACAAUGCAGAUGCACACUAUCAGAUAGUUCAGAUAACCAGCAUCGGUUAAAACCUCAUUAGAAAUUUCCCUGAGAUCCCUACAGGCCCUCAGUAAUGAUAAAAUCCAUGACGAAAACCGGAAGGCCUAAGCUGUGGGAAAACUUAAAAUGUUUCACGUGUCGGUUCUUUGAACCAUUCAUCUACAAUGUUUCACACAGUCAGAUGCUCAGCACAAGUUGGGGAGACAGAAGCACCUGCAGACAGGUUGCUAUGGGUUAAGAUGUGUGCACUUAAUCCUCAGUGGUUUGCUGAAAUUCAGUGAUACUAUGUAGAGUAGGUUGCCAUAGCUCGUGGAUAGCGGAAAUAAUCCGUAACUGUGUGGAGUAGGAUGUCAGACAGCUCAUGGAUGGCAGAAAUAAUCCGUAACUGUGGGGUUGGACGUCAGACAUAGCUUGUGGAUAGCACAAAUAGUGGUUACAGAACUUGUGGAUCAUGAGGGAGUACAGUAAUGAGUGAUUUUGUGAACAAUAUCAAGGUAAUGUCAGGCUGUAAAGUCGAGUAAAUUAUAGUUUAUAUUUUUAACAUAGUUAUUGAAUCUCAUUGAACUGUAAUAAACUGUGCAAGACAACGCAGUUGGUUCUUGAAAACUGUUCUUCCAAUUUUGUGUGUUCUACUGCUGGUAUUAUGAAUUUAAGACUGGAUGUCUUAGUUCAUACACAUUCCAGUAUAACUUAAACUUGGGAGUAAUUUAAUGUAUUUAAAUAGUUUCCUUGGUAAUGUGCUUAGCCUUUUUAACAUUUUAAAUGUCCUCAAUGGUAUAUCACUUGUUGAGUUUCCUUUCAUUUGAGUGUGGAUCAAGACAAUUAAAUGUAUGUAUGUAUGUAAUUUUAUAUUAAGUUUCAUAGUUUUCCAAAUAUUUUUCAACUACUGGUUGAGAUUAAUACAGUAAACGCUCAGUUUAACAGACCUUGAUAUAAUUGACCUCAGUAUAAUGAACUUCUGAAAUUAGAUAUGGGUAAAUUGUUUGAUUAAUUUCAGUGUAUUGUACUUUAGUGUUUCAGUUUAGCUUUUCAGAUUGUUUUUUUUAGCUAUGGAAUGUAAUAUGUAAUAGUUAAAGCAAGGGUUUGUUCUUAUUAAUAGGGGCAGGGGGGGAACCUAUGGGGUUAGCACUCAGACAUGGAAAAUGAUAAUGAAAAUGGUGAUUGAUGGCUGGACUCUUAUCACUAAAGACUCUUGAAACUCAAAGGGUAAAUGGACUUAAUCAGUUGUUUCUGUGUCCAUUAACCCAGCAGAUUUUGUUCUGCAUUUACAAAGUCUCUUAAAUAGAGGGUUUACUGAAUUUGAAUUUUCUCUAGGCAAGUCUUCCUUUACAUAGUGGGAAAAUGACCCCUUACAAGCAGCAAAUCAGUAAAUGGUUUACCACAUUAAUAACAGAUUCAGACAUUAGGCAUGAAAAUUUAUUUUAGCGUGUCUUUUUUUUUUUUUCCAAAUUUUUACAUAGGCAACAAUACAGGUGAUAUUUAUGUCCAAAACAAUGGUAAUGAUUUUCACAAUGUUGCUUUAUAAGUUGCUAUAGCAUCUUAACUAUUGCAGUUGAAUUUUAGGGCAUUAGAUACGUAUAUUAAAAAUGCAUUUAUAUACGACUAAUUCUAUUCAUCUCAGUUUUGCAGUAUGUAAUAGUACCAUUAUUUAAAUGAAAAGUUUAGUAAAUUUCACAAAAAAGCUUAAUUUCUUUGAUAUUAAAAUACUGUAUUUGUAAUUCAGCUCUUGUGUGUACUACAUGGAAUUUAUUGGUAAUGAUACUUUAAUUGAAUUAUUAUAAUCGUAACUAAGAUCUAAACCCACAAGGGUCAUACAGUGUUGAAUUGAAUUUUAAAUUUUGUUUUUCAUUUUUGUUUAAUUUCUUAGUUUCAGAAUUCUGCGAUAUGCAUUUAUGAACUAUUCUUAUUUAUCAUUAACUUAAAAAUGCAAGAUUAAAGCUCAUGGUGCACUGAUAAAAAUUUCUAAGUGUCAAGCCUAAGUUUUGCAAAGUGGUUUUUAACUGUUUUCAAAUGCACAGUUGCCAAGUCUUAUUCACAAUAUAGUUGUAAUAGUUUUUAGACUUUUUACAUAUCACUACACUAUUUUUUAAGACUUAAAUGACAUUGUAGAGGUUUCAUUCUUGUCUAAACUGCAUAUAAAUGCUGGUGCAACGAGUUCUUUAAAGUGAAUUUUUGCGUUGUGUGCUCGGCGGUUACUGUGUGAUAACAACGGCUAGCAAUGUCAGUAUUAAUCCAUAAGUGUUGUGUUGCAUUUGCUCAAUACAGAUGUCUUCAUUGCAAAAAAUGCAGUACAGGUUUUUUUUUUGUUUAAGUUAGAACUUUUACCAGAGCCAAUUACAGGAAGGCCCCCUCACAUACGCACCUGUUCUGUGUUCCACGUUUUUGUUGGCUACAAAUUGAGCCAUUGUUCAUUGUUUCAUGCACCAGCAAGUGGAAGAAUAGCCCAGUUGAAAGUAAACAAAGACAUGCAACACUAAAGGUUGGUUCUGUAUAUGCAGGACUCUCCUGUAUUCUGUGAAAGCACACUGUGGUCUGCAUGGAGGUUUGCACAAACAAUGUACAAAAAAAAGUGAAAUUUCCGUUGGUACCUUCAAAGAUAUCGAGUACAUGUCUAGUUUUAUACAGCAUAUGAUAGGAGAGUAGAAAUAGACAUUUUGAUUUUCAUUAACAAAGCAGCUAGGUUAAAUUAUAGCAGCUAAACUGCAUGCAUAAUCACUUGUAUAAUUCACAUUGAGCAUGCAAAAUAUACCAAUGGAGUAUUGUUCUUGUAGAAACAAAUGACUGAUAUGUUUUAUAUAUAUUAUAUAUUUUUGAUUUACUAGAACAAAAAUCUAUAUUUGAAAUGGUAAGUGAUGUUUGAAAUGGUGAAAGAUUAAAAAUAGUGCACAGAAGA